AUGGUUUUACCUCCCCCUGACAAGCAGCACGUGUGUCUAACUACCGUCAUCAUCAUGACCAGCAUGGCUGUCAUGGACGCUUACCUGGUGGAGCAGAACCAGGGUCCGCGUAAGAUCGGGGUUUGCAUCAUUGUACUGGUAGGGGACAUUUGCUUCCUCAUAGUUCUGCGCUACGUUGCUGUCUGGGUAGGUGCCGAGGUGAGGACUGCAAGGCGUGGCUAUGCCAUGAUCCUGUGGUUCCUUUACAUCUUUGUUUUGGAGAUAAAACUCUACUUUGUUUUCCAAAACUACAAAGCCGAGCACCAGACUGUUGAGACUGUCGCUCGGAAAGUUUUGACUUUGCUUCUUUCGGUUUGCAUCCCAGGGCUGUAUUUCGCCCUUGUGGCGCUGGACAGCAUGGAGUACAUGAGAACUUUUCGGAAAAAGGAAGACAUGCGAGGUCGAUUGUUCUGGGUGGCACUGGACCUGCUGGACGUACUGGACAUCCAGUCCAACUUGUGGGAACCACAGCGAACAGGACUGCCCAUCUGGGCUGAGGGACUAAUGUUCUUCUACUGCUACAUUCUUCUACUGAUUCUGCCGUGUGUCUCUCUCAGCGAGAUCAGUAUGCAGGUUGAGCACAUGUCCCCAAAGAAGGUGAUGCUCUACCCUGUCCUCAGCCUCGUCUCCAUCAAUAUUGUUACCAUUCUCAUCCGUGGGGUUAAUAUGGUGCUUUUCCAAGACAGCCGUGUCUCCACUAUCUUUAUCGGCAAGAACGCAGUGGCCAUCGCCACCAAGGCCUGCACAUUUUUGGAAUAUUAUCGGCAGGAUAAGGCGUUCCCGCCACAAGACCCAGUAACUAUUGCUAUGGAGUUACAGCAGAACUCGGGGCAACACGUUCAAAAGCUGCCAAAUCCCACCACUUGCUUUCCAGCAGAGCCAUCGCCCGCUCAUGAGAUCACGGAAACAUGACCAAAACUGAAAGACAGAGACUAAAUUCCCAGGGUCAGUUUCCAAUGUAAGCGUUUUAAGUCAUCUAUAUCAAGCUACAAUCCACAUGCAUCUGUCCUGCAAAGAAAAGUACUCUUAAACAAUUUAUU